AAGUAGGGAAAAGGAGACUUCACAUCAAGCUAAAGUGCAUCGCGCCCGUGAUAAUGAAAGCAAACACAUGAAAAGAACUAUAAAAACCAAUGAACAAUAUGAAGCAUGUCUGAUACUACCACCACCCCACUUUUAG